AUGAAAACAGAAACCAACAUAGCCGUAAUACCAAAUAAAUAUCAGAUAUCCAGAAGCAGUUAUUACAACUACAACCUUAAUGACAACAACAAUAGCAACAACAAUCGUAACAACAAUAGCAGCAAUAAUCGCAACAACAAUACUCAAGGCAGUCGUCCAACAAUUAGCAAUUUUCUUCCCCGGGAUAAGGAUCUACUUGCGGCGGCAAGGAUGCAAUUCUCUAGGCCUCCGCUUGAAAAUCAGCGUGGUAUCAGGUUUCAACGUGGUGAAACACUGAAUCCAUACCCGGUUCUACAUGGAUUUAACCGACGACCCCAUAUUAAGAAGACUGAUAUCUUUUUCCUUCCUCCAUACAAACGAAAAGCGACAGAGGUUCAAGCGCCUCUACUGGAGGAAGCGCUGUUCGGCUUGUUCGUGUUUUCGUCCAACCUAACGAACUCUUCAGAGGCAGACCAUGACGAACCGGCUACGGAUGAAAACGGAUCAAUAGGUUAA